AUGGACCGGAGAUCAUCCGGAAAGGUUGGUGAUUUUCACUGCGUUUGGGGAGUCGUAUCUUUCUCUCUUGUGCGACAUCUCCACCUCCGACCUUUUCGACACGAGCCGAGUGAUCCAGCUUGUGGCGACGCUAUUUUUUCGUACGACAACCCGACAGCGCCGCCAAUCCCGCUCGAUUGGGCCGUCGAGGCGAUGAGGGACGCGCUUGGAGAAGGGCGCCCUCAUUGUUGGACGUCGCUCAUGAAGGCAGUGGGACGUCGUUGGCCCGACCCCGGGUUCGCCGAUAGAGUGGCUCAAGACUUCCACGGAUGUCGCCAGUCGUCGUCUCGGGCUUACGACCAUGUCGGGGAGUGGCGGGCGCGGUACCGUGCCUUCGUGCACGACAACGAUAGUUUCACCCUGUCGCCGCUUCAGCUCGCCACGACCUUCUACCAAUCGCUCAGUGACUCCUCCAAGCGGGAAGUGCGGGCGGGAAUGUUACGUGAAUACCACGACAACUCGCUGGUGACAAUUGGGCGAUUCGGACUGAAGGUCCCGUCCAUCGACGAGAUUACCGAGUGGGCCGCUAUCGCCGACGACAUUUCUCCUCCGCCUUCGGUUCCGACCCCACCAAGCCGCACCGCGACCUAUGGCGCGAUCGUCAAAGCUCCCCGAGUGAGCCCACCUGCGACCAACACGCCCACCGUCGACGAGAGGUUCCCGAUCCGACGAGCUCGAUGGGUCGACCGCGCUACUAAGUGGCAGCAAUCGCACUUGUGGAAGGACCGCUCCACCUGGUUUUCCCCGGCGCCCAGCGGGGUACCCACCAGCAUGGCUUGCUUCAACUGCGGACGAGGCGGUCAUUUCUCGCAGCACUGCACCGCGGAGCGUCAAUCCCCGGUCGCCGUCCAACUCUCAGCGGUCGCUGUGGCCGACUUGGAUGACGAAGAUUGGUCCUCGGUCGCAGGUGGUGACGAGGAUCCCGAGGUGAGAGUCCCCAUUUCACUCGAGCGUGUUCAGACUCGACCUUUGAGUUCCGUUUCCGCUUCAAUGACGCGCCCUUCUUGCCCUCCCGCAGACCCCGUUGGCCGAAUGAAAGAAGGGGCUUCUUCUUCAGUCGACGUCGAAGUCUCAUCAAGUAAUCCGCAGCCAACCGCGCCGGCAAGUGAUGCAGAUCUACGUCGUCUUGCCGAUGACUCGACCGACUCUGCGUUUGACGCGGUGGAAGACGUCCCCUCUUAUGCUGAUGCCGCGUCGCGAAUGCGGCGAUACUGGGGGCCGGAGGUGGUGUCGUCGCGCAAAGCGGAGAGGACUGCAUCGGUGAGCUCUGUUCGUGUUCCGGUGCCGUUGGGGGUUUCUCUCUUGGAGUCCGACACGCCCCUGAUCGACGUCGACGACUUCGCCCGACCCGCCGAGCCCGCGAUUGUGCGCGCCCGCAAUAUUAUUGCGUGGACGUUGCCGUCUGGGCGAACGCUGCGUUGCCUCGUCGACUCUGGUUCGGAAGUGGACUUGGUGGAUCAGGAUGUCGUGCGAACAGACCCGAGUUUCACGACGUCCCGCCUUACCGCGCCGCUGCACUUGCGCCUCGGCACUCGCGACAAAUCUGACCGCUGCGCCGUGUUUGCCAACGCCCUCUUCACGUCCGGUUCCCUCGACCUCGGCUUGCGGGCGUUUUUCAUUUGCCGUGUGACGGCAUAUGAUGCUAUCCUGGGUUUGCCGUUUCUGAAGGACACCGGCAUGCUGGUAGGCUGGGGCGUCUUCACCGUCGCACGGCCGGGCCCUUCGCAGCCGGUCGCCAAGGGCACUCACGAGUGGGAUCGCGCAGUCACGGUGGCGCCCAUCUGCUCCGGCUCUGCCAUUGGCUACGAUCACCCAGGGUUGCUUCCUGACGACGAGAUCAUUGGCCUCGAGCCGCACAACCCUCUACUGGAUGUCGUCGACGACCCGGCGCUCGAGGAUUUGUCUGAGUCCGAAGCACGAACACGAUUGGCUGCCUUACUCGAGAAAUACUCUGAUGUGUUCGUAGAUUCGCUCCCAAUGGACCGACUCCCGCCUUAUCGACCCGUCAAUCACGAAAUCCCUUUGAUCGACCCCAACGAGAAGGUCAAGCCGAGGGUCUAUCCCCUUGCCGACAAAUAUCGUAGCCAGUGGGCGGAGCAUUCAGCUAAGUACACUCGCGGUCGCUUCUGGGUUUCUGGUCCGAUCGACUCUGCGGCUCCGGUCUUCGCCAUUCCGAAAAAGAACUCCCAGACCGCUCGCUUUGUGAUCGACCUCCGCGCUCGCAACAGCAACACCGCCAAGCGUUUUUCACCUAUCCCCGACAUGACCAGUGUUCGCUACGAAGUGGCACGUUCGCGCUACCGGUCCAAAUUCGACGUGGCCGCAGCGUUUGAGCAGGUGCGGGUCAUACCCGAGCACGUCGAUCGCACCGGCUUCGCCACGGUCACGGGCACGUACACGUCGCGGGUGAUGCAGUUUGGGGACACCAAUGCGCCCAACACCCUGAACUUGUUGACAUCGGCGAUGUUUCAGCCGUGCCUCUCGUUUGCCAAGAUCUUUUUCGACGAUGUUCACGUUGUUGAACUUCGCUCCAUCUCACUUCUAGGACAAUAUGCGCUCACUGAAGUAGAGGUGCCUCGCCUUUUGGUGCAGUGGUAUAUUGUUCCUUCAUAGGUUAUGAGCCCAGAGCAACCAGCAGGUCAUGAGUUCAUCCCCCUGGGUCAGGCAAUUUUGCGCGCAUACACUCAGCGUCCCGGCCCCGCACUUGCCCAGCAGCGUGCCAAGCACCCUGGCGCAUCGACAGUGCUCACAGUGCCCAAGCUGCACUUGCCCAAGCGACCUGAUCACAUGCCCAGUUGCCUCACAAGCCGCACCACUGCCACAAGCUCUUCAGCUUCGCGCACAGGGGGUGUUGAACUUCGCUCCAUCUCACUUCUAGGACAAUAUGCGCUCACUGAAGUAGAGGUGCUCGCUUUUGGUGCAGUGGUAUAUUGUUCCUUCAUACACGUCCAUUCCGAUACUCGUCGCGCGCACUUAAGACACAUCGAGAUUUUGCUGAUGACACUGCGACAUUAUCGGUUCUACUUAGGAUCCAACAAAUCCGAGUGGUUCUCAAAGUCGUUAGAUUCCUUGGGCGCGAUCAUCUCCGACGACGGCAUCGAGGUCGACCCGGCCAAGUGGGAGCGUAUCCGACAGUGGCCGACUCCACACAACAAGACCGACGUUCAGCGUUUCCUCGGCACCGUGAAUUGGAUGCGAGAUCACCUGCCCCACCUCUCGAUCACCUUGGAGCCCAUCACCGCAUUAUUAGCGCAAUCGACGUCGUGGCGUUGGAACGAGCGCGAGCAGCAGGCCUUCGACACCGUCAAGUCCCUCGUGCCAGCAACACUGCGACCGAUCGACGGCGCUAAGGUCACCUCCGGCGAGCACAAAAUCUACUUGUUCACCGAUGCCAGUCGUGUUGGCAUUGGCGCUUGCCUGGCCUCGGGCCCCACUCGUUCGCAGGCCAUUCCUACGCGAUUCUUCUCCGCUAAGUUCAAUGGCGCUCAGCUCAAUUAUCACGUCACUGAUAAGGAGUUCUUAGCCGUCGUUUCGGCGUGUCGGGCGUUCGAGCAGCACUUGAUCGGUUACCCCUUCGUCAUCGUCACCGACCACCAAGCCCUUCGCACGAUUAAAACGCAGAAGUUACGCCAAACACCCCGGCACAUCCGCAUGUGUCUCGAACUCAGCCGUUUCGACUUCGAAUUCGAAUUCAUUGCGGGCAAGAACAACUCCCUUGCCGAUUCGUUGUCACGCUUGUGGGAAGUCAAGGAGGGAUCGCCCGAGGAUCAGGUCAAGGAGAAUGAGUUGGAGGAUAUGUUCUUUGAUGGAGAACGCCACGGAUUCACUACACACGGUGAGAGCCUCCCUGAGGAACGUCCUUACACCUCACCAUCUCCCGAUCGGUUGCCUCCUGUUGAUUUUGCCUUCGGGCCCCAACGCGACGAUUGCGAGGCAGGCUCUCCCGGAUACUACGCGCUCAAGGACGAAUCGCAAGACGAGGACGUGAAUGGACGGGAUUUAGGGAAUUUGUUCUUGAAGGAAGAAUGCCACGAGUUCACUACACCUGGUGAGAGCCUCCCUGAGGAACGUCCUUACACCUCACCUUCGCACGAUCGGUUGCCCCCUGUUGAUUGUGCCUUCGGGCCCUGGGAUCACGGCUACGACGCAGGCUCUCCCGGUUCCCAUCGUCUGGCCGAGAACAUUAUGGACGCCGUCGACUCUUCUACCGGUCCCCUUUCUCCUCCCAUCGCCGUCAAUCGAGUUCAUGCUAUCGCCGCGGCCCCCGCCAACGACGCGCCCAUUCCAGUCGAUGCCGACGCCGAUGAACUCGACUUACUGGGAGCCGCCGCCGAUGAGGUCAACGACGCCCCUGUAGUCCAUCGACCGCCCGACCCGCUGCCGCAACCUUUCCUCGACGCCGUCAUCCGAGCCUACGCCCACGAUUCGCAAGCCCAAGUCAUUGUUGACGACCCGCUGUCAUGGCCGAUGUUUCGGGUGACCGAGGAAGGGAGGAUCUUGCGUGUACAUCCAGAUGAGUCUCUUUCCCUGUUUGUGCCUCGCGGUCUCGCUACCGGCGUUGUCGACUCCGACAAGCUCCCAUCGCUGCGCGAGCUCGUGCUUUCGGAGAUCCAUCGGAGCGUCGGGCACGCGGGACAUCGCAUCACCUUGGCCGCCAUACGUCCUUUGUAUUGGUGGUCGUCCAUGUCUGCCGAUUGCGCCAAGUUCUGCCAUUCAUGCGAAGAUUGUGCCCGAGGCAAAGCGUCCACUCAAGUCCCUUAUGGCCGACUGCAUCCGAUGCCGAUCCCUUCUGGCCCAUGGGAACAAGUGGCCAUCGACUUCAUGACGGGACUGCCUCCGGUCGAGUUCGAAGGGAUGAUGGUCGCUCAAAUCAUGGUGGUCACUGACACUUGGGGCAAGAUGGUCCACCUGAUUCCCCUCCCAGCCGACGCCGACUCCGAGCUCGUUGCCGACAGGUACUACGCCACCAUCUUUCGACUGCAUGGGACGCCUUCCGCCAUCGUUUCCGAUCGCGAUCCCAAGUUCACCUCGCAGUUUUGGCGAGCAUUGCAGGCGAAGGUCGGCACCGUCUUGCGGAUGUCAACAGCGGCGCACCCAGAGACCGACGGAUCGAGUGAGAACCGAAUCAAGAUGGUCACCCAAACCCUGCGCAUCAUGGUGUCGUCAAACCACGAGGCUUGGGCAUCUCGUCUUGUUGAAGCUGAGUUCGCUCUUAACUCUUCCGUUGCUGUUUCCACGUCUCUGUCGGCUUUCGAGGCGACUUACGGUUACCUUCCUCGACGCUGGCCCACCGAUUCCUGGUCUGUCUCGGACGUCCCGCGUGCGGAAGCGUUUGCCCGAAUCCGACAGUUACGGAAUCUCGACGUCACGGAUGCGAUCAUUGGUGCACGCCUCGAUCAGACUCACCAGGCCAACAAGCAUCGACGCCCGGAUGAUCCCGCCUUUCGGACCGGCAGUUAUGUCUAUCUUUCGACCAAGAACCUGGCAGUUCCUGAAGGGAUGAAGUCGAAGUUGUUGCCGCGCUACAUUGGUCCUUUCCGUAUCCGAGCGGCCAUUCCAGCGACGUCCAGUUACGACCUCGAGCUUCCCCCAGCAAUGUCGCGAGUGCACAGUCGCUUCCAUGCUCGACUGCUUCGCCCCUAUGUUGAGAACGAUGCUGAGAGGUUCCCUGGGCGUGACCCCGCAGUUCUUUUUGUUGAAGAUGUAGCCGACGCGGCCGACAACUCCGCCAUUCCGGAACGGAUUGUUCGCGAUCGUCGGAACGCUCGGGGCAAUCGUUCGUUCUUGGUUCGAUGGAUUGGCCGUAAGGACAUCGAUGACACUUGGAUGUCAGAGCAGUCCCUCCGCUUCGACCAUCCAUCCCUACUCGACGCCUACCUGGCACAACUCGAUCGCUCAAAUCGCCGCCUGUCCUCCCGGUAG